UAUUCUUUUGAGGUUUAUCGGUCUUUUCCUUCUACGAUUAAAGAUAUGAAUAUGGCUGGCAUCUUCUCCAAUGUCAAUUACUUCGAUAUGAUUGGCCCAGCCCCGGUAACGUUACUUUUCCCCACCCUGUUAUCGCGGGGCAAGGGGUCGUACUAGGCCUUGCAUGCAGAGACAAGCUUGACAUCUACAAAGCUAUCAAAAUGCUUAUCGCAAGAUGAGCUUUGAGUUGUUCUACUGCCCCUUUACGCUCUGAAUUGAGGAUGAGUAAAGUAUUUUAUAUGCUGUGAUAACCCGCCAGACCUUUGUUGUUGGCAAGUGCAACCGAUUGAGCACUACAAAUUCGCAAGAAUAUCUAUUCAAUUGGUAUCUCAUAUCUUCUUUCUAAAUCCCCACCCACAAGCUAAACUACAGCUCCCCAGUCCCAGUUAUAACCCAUAGACAUGGCACCACACGCAUCCACCCCUACCAAUCCCUCCGCAACCACGUCCUCAAAUCCACCCCGCAUCCUUAUAAUCGGCGCCGGAUCUCGAGGCUCCCAAUACUCACGCUGCGUCGCCGAAUCCACUCCUGGCAUCGUCUACGCCGUCGCAGAACCUAUACCUUACAAACGUCAACGGCUGGGUUCCCGCUACAUCUGGGGUUCCAAUGCACCUUCUCCAGGACAGUCAUUUUCCAAUUGGAAGGAAUUUCUCGAUUAUGAACUCGAUCGACGUGCUCGAGCUUCUCGCGGAGAAUCUGUACCACCAGGUGUCAAUGCUGCGUUUAUAUGUGUGCUAGAUGAGAUGCAUAAGGAGGUUAUAGUGGGGUUGAAACCAUUGGGAUUACAUAUUAUGUGUGAGAAGCCUUUGGCUACGACGUUGGCAGAUUGUGUGGAGAUAUAUAGGGCGAUGUUACCAGAUUAUCCACGGAAUCGAUUGCCGGAGAAGAUAUUUAGUAUCGGGCAUGUAUUGAGGUAUAGUCCGCAUAAUAUGAUGUUGAGGAAAUUACUUUUGGAGGAGAGGGUGAUUGGGGAUGUGCUGAGUAUUAAUCAUACUGAGCCGGUGGGAUGGUGGCAUUUUACUCAUAGUUAUGUUCGGUAUGGGAGUUUUCUUCGUGAAAUACAAGGCACGAUAGCUAAUAUCAAGAUAGUGGAAAUUGGCGCAGAGAGUCCACAACAGCUCCCUCCCUCCUCACGAAAUCUUGCCACGAUAUCGAUCUCCUCCUCUGGCUUCUCUGUUCUCCUUCCCCCUCAGACCCAACCGCUCCACCUCAUCUCCCCGAAACAAUAACAUCCACGGGUUCCCUUCAGCAAUUUACUCGCACCCGCAAACCGAAAGCUGCUGGCACCGCGACAAACUGUCUUUCCUGUCCCAUUGAACCAGACUGCAAAUACUCCGCGAAAGACAUAUACAUAUCCCCGAAAUUCAAGGGUCUCAAAGCCCCCAACACCAAUUGGCCUGUCGAUAUUCUUGUCCCAGAUAUCGAAGAUAUUCUCACCACCUCCGGCUCUUCAGCCGCAGAAUCCGCUGUUCUAUCCAUUCUAUCCAAAGACUACACAGCCGAAACCCCUAUCUCUGAAAUUGAAGCUAAGAAUUGGUUCGGGCGCUGCGUCUACGAAUCAGACAAUACAGUCAAUGACGAUCAAUUCGUAACCAUGACAUUUCCCGUGAAUCCCUCUCUAAAUCGCGGGGCUAAACAAGCUUCAUUCCAUAUGGUAUCUCAUACAAAGAAGAUUUGUGAAAGAUACACACAUAUUUAUGGAAGUGAUGGGGAAAUAUAUGCAGAUAGUACGACGAUUGAAGUCGAGGAUUUUAAGACCGGAGAGAAAAAAGUUUACGAGCCGAAAAUCACGGAUACUAAGAGUGGACAUGGAGGUGGUGAUGAAGGUUUAGUGAGACAGUUUGUAGGAGCUGUGAAUAGUGUUAUGAAUGAAGGAGCAGAUGUAGAAGUUGCGCAGAGGGAAUGGGUAGGAUGUAGCCGUAAGUUUUUGUCUUCUUUGUUUAUUACCUUCAACUCCCCCUUUUCUUAUUUACCGAAAAAUUCACAAAAACUAACAUAAAUAUCCUAAAUAACAGUAGAAGAGGUAAUUCGAAGUCACGCGGUAGUAUUCGCAGCCGAAGAAGCACGAAAGGAUAAACUAGUCUUAAAUUUUGAGAAUUGGUGGGAUAGAGAAGUUGUAGGGAAGCUGAAUACUUCUGUUUUGGUGGUUUAAUAAUGAUAUCAUGAUGGCGUUUGGAAAGCCAGCUAGCGAGUGGGAAGAAGUGUUGUGAUGUCGUUUAGAUAGUAUGUAGGGUAGAGUUUUAUUUAUACCAAUUGGGUGUGUGUGUAGUAGUUCGCUGGUAGAUUCAUGGAUUUUAAUUUUAUUUAAAGUUCAUUUAACUUUGUCGGAUUUGAUGCUAUUAUAUUCGAUAGGAUGAGAUAGGAUAGGAUAGGAUAGGAC